AUGGAAGAAAUGAAAGGUGAAGUAAUUAAUGAAAAUGUUAAUGAAUGGAUGAAACAGGUUGGCGUAGCCCAAGCGAUUUACGAUAAUCAAUCCGAAUGGCCUGACGAAUUAGCAUUUGAGCGAGGCGAAAUUUUGCGCGUUCUUAACGAACGACCUUGUACGAACAGUGGAGUAGGUAUUAAUACAGGUUGGUGGUAUUGCAUUAAUAAAAACGGUAGACGCGGUAUUGUACCGGCAAAUCGUCUUCGCAUGCUUCAUCGAUUUGAUCAAAUUACUUCACCUCAGAAAUCGAUCUCAUCACCAUUUGUUGAUAACAACAACAGUCGACGACGGUUCAUGUUUAGUAGUACUGGAAGAUUGUCACCACCAUCCUUUAUCGAUGACAAUAAUUCGUUGGCUGAUGACAUUAGAUCACCGUUCACCAAUGAAUUCAUUAAUUCGUCUACAUUUGGCUCAGAAUCACUAUUUGAUCGAAUAUUUCCUUUUUCACCGUUGGAACGUUACAAGGACACUUCCUUACGUCAUAUGUCUAAGGGAACGUUUGGUUCACCGCCACAUGGCAUUGUACGAAAUAUUCCGAUUAAGGUGGAAAGUACACCUUUAAGUGAUAAUGAUAGCGGUUCUGAUAAGCUAAAAAGCAACACUCUUAUCUUUCCAAGAAAUCGUCAUUAUCAGGAUGAACCAUCCACUCCUAUAUUUCCAUAUUAUCAAGAUAAGUUCGAAAGUGGAGGUCGUAGUUCACCACCUCCGCCACCACAACGAAAGUUUAUUAAUCCAUCGAUAUUAUCAUUGAGUGCAACACCUGGUUCAUCAUCAAGUUCAAAUGAAUUUACCUCAAGUGAUGAUGAUCACAAAUGGCUUAAAAAAACAGAAAAAUCAGAUUCGCUUACAACAAAAACAUCAAAUCGUCCAUCAUUUGUAUCAAAGACAAAAUUUGAUAAUCGAAAUAAUUCAACUUCAUUAAAUGAUGUUGAAAGUGAUAAUUUACAAAAAUCAAUUAGGAUGGAUAGCAACGAUAAUUGUUUGGAUAGUGUCACACGAAAGCUUCAAAAAAUAGGAACAACCUCAAUGGAUGAUUCAUCAUCAUCAUCACUGUUAUCAUCACCAACAAAAUUUGCUACAGGCAAAAAUUUUGUCUCAAAAAAAUCUAACCUUAAAUGGUCAACAAAUUUGAAUUCCGGUACAGCUGGUACCAUUGAUGUACAAAAUAAUUGUUGUUCAGGUAAUGAAUCUGAAUCGGAUAGUGCUGUUAUUGUUAAUACAACAAUUAUUCCACAUGAUGAGCUCAGUUCUUCAUCACCAUCAUCUUCCGGAAUUGUUGCCGAUAUGAAUGAUUCUAAUGGUGAAAGUAAUCAGCGAACAUCAGCAACAUCAUCACUAUCAUCAUGUGAACAAUCAUCAGAUUUAAUUGAAUCUAAUUAUGAUACUUCACGUAUGGGAAGAAUAUAUCGAUCACGGAUCGAUGAUCCAAAAGAUCAGCAACAAUUAGCAGAUCAUUUCAAUGAUAUGGAAGGAAUAGCUCUAACUCAACGUCAACAAUUUGAACAAUCUAAUCCACUGAUGACAGUAUUAGACGAAAAAGCUGAAUCAAACAGUAAAUCUAUUUUACAAGAUAAUUUCAUCAAUUGUAACACUGUCACAUGUCCAGGUGAUCUGAAAAUGACCGGUAGUACAGAGCAACGAUUUAAUCUUUCACUCAAUUUGAAUAAUCAACGAGAUUUUAUGCAUAGGAGCUCAUCAAUACCACCUGAAAGUAUGCAUGGAAAUAAAUUUACCUCGAAUGAUCAUUUCAAACGCAGUGAAAGUAUCGCACCUGAAUUAAUAAAUCAACGUCGUUCUUUGGAAAGUAGCAAUGGAAAUAAUUCAACAAAUGAGGAAAAUAUUAAGAAACAAAUUAUUUGCUCAAAACUUGUUGAAUAUUAUCGAAAUAUUGAAAAUAGCGUUGAACAAUUAGAUAAGUUUACGGCGACAAAUUCAUGGCGACAACCGCAUAUUUUGCAACAAAAUAUUUUUGAUAUUAAAGAAUACAUAGAAAUGAUUACAAUUUCAAUGAAUUAUUUUCUUAAUGUCGCAUGUCAUAUUAUAGUUGACAUUACUAAUCCAAAAGGAGAAGAAUUGAAGCAAUUACUUUUACCACUGAAAAGCUCUACUGCUAUUAUAACACAAUUAAAACAAAAUUUGGACAAUACCGGUUGGACGCUUAGUGCUCUGUCACGACCACGUAACGUUUACGGUACAACACCAGGUAGUGACGCUUUGGAUCAAUUUCUUGCUGUUAUCAAACAGUUACCAAUCGAUUGUUGCAAAUUGAUACAAUGGGCAUUACUGAUGGUACCAUCGUCAACUGUUCAUUUCUUAACGAAUACUAUAAAUGAUUCUUUAAAUUCCAAUGAAAUUACAACAAGUACUGAUCAAUCGUAUGAUGAUCCUUCAUUAAGAAUUUGUGAAACGAAUGGUAGAAUAUCAGUUGGAUUGGAUUCAAAAAGGCAAACAGGAACAUCAAAUAAUUUAAUAAAUAUUUCAAAUUUAAAUGAUUCACAAACACCACAAUCAAUUUUAACUUCUCGUACAACUUUUGGUCCAUCAACUACAACAAUUGCUAAACAAAAUCGUGUAACAUUUGCGGAUGAUUUGACUACUUCACAUCAAUUAUCGAAUUCCAUUCUGGAAACUCAUGUUCUCGAAGAAGAUGAUUUAGAAUCAGUGAUCAGUGAUCGUGAUAGCUUUUAUCAGGAUUCAACAACUGAAGGUGAUGAUAGUAUCGUAAGUCAUCGGAUGAGACCGAUAACAAGUAUACCACCAUUAGCAUUACUAAAUACAGAGGUGAUAAAAUCAUUAUCAAAAGAUGACAGACAAUUGAUUGAAUUUUAUUCACCACAAUUAGAUGCACACACUGAAUUCCUUUCUAAGGCAAUUGAAGAGUUCUUAACUGUAAUUGAAGAACAAAUGCCACCACAUGAAUUUGUUCAGAAAGGAAAACUGAUAAUACUUACUGCACAUAAAUUAAUUUAUAUGGCUGAUACAAUUGCGGAAUGUAUUUCAUCUGUCAAUGUUAGCCAAGAAGUGAAACAUGCAGCUGAUCGAUUGCUUCAUGUUUUGAAAACAUGCGUUCAAGCUACAAAGCAUGCCGCUGAUGAAUAUUUAUCAGUAUCAGCUGUACAAUCAAUGGCUAAUUGUAUUGUGACAGUAUCACGUGCUGCAUAUGAUUUGAAAUUAUUAGUGAAACAGUGUUGUAGUAAUGAUUAG